CCAUUCCUUUUGACAAAUUUUUUCCCAUAAAACAUUUUUACUAGAACUUUAAUGACGAGGAAGAAAGGUCCCAAACUUCUCUAGGGAUUCCCUCAGAUUUUGUUUCCCUCCACUCGUCUUGUUCCUUUCACUCCUUUCUCUCUCUCUUUACUUUUAUUUCUUUCAGUCCUCAUUAAGGCCAGACCAUUUCUAUCCUUCCAUUAAAUUUCACUUCAUAUUUUUCUUCUUCUUCCACUGUUUUUCUUUUUCCAUUACUAUCUCAUUAUUAAGAUAAAAAUAAAAAAAACACCACCCCACCAUUUCCUAUUCUUCAGUUUUCAUUACUCUUUUUUACUACAAGCAAAAGGUUCAAACAAAGAAAUUUAACUCAAAUAUUUCUCUAUUUACUAAUUUAUGUCUUUUUAUGGUGAAUUCUUGAAAUCCCAGAUGUUUUGAUCAUUAAUGGCGUUGAAUUAUUCUUCACUCAUCUACAAUUAUUAUAUUUUCCUAUUAAUAUUUACUAUUCCUCUGUUUUCUUCCCCUGUUUUUUCCCUUCCUACUCACCAGAAUCCUUCUGAUCAUACAAGGGGUGUUUUAUGUGAAGAGAAAACAAGGUUAGGUUCAACACCACCGAGUUGCUACAACAAAUGCAAUCAAUGUCACCCUUGCACAGCUAUUCAAGUUUCUACAUUACCGAGUUUUGACCGAAUCGAUCCCACUCAAACGAGUCAACCCGCGAACUCGGGGGCGAUGUUUGAGUAUGAAUCGUCUUCUGGGGAUAAUAACAGGUACUCCAAUUACAAGCCUUUGGGUUGGAAGUGCCGUUGUAGAGACCAUUUUUACAAUCCUUGAUUUUUCUUCUUUUUUUUUUUUACAUUUUUUUCCACUUCUGAUUAAAGGGUAGUUUAUUUGGUGGGUGCAAACAGUCUAUUUAAAUUUUGGAGGUAAAACAGAUGUUUGUAAUUAGGCUAUGCAUGGUUUGUACAAAAGUGAGAAUUUGGGUUGUAUAUAUGUUAUCAUGUUAGACUGUUAGUCAUGUCGUGUGGUAUGACAACCAAGGAUGUUUUGUCCGAGUGGUUAAGAUUGAGGUAUUGUGAACAAUUGGUUACAUGUUCGAAUUUUC